AUGCAGCUGGUGGCCAGCCUGGUGUCCGUUCUGCUGCUGGUGUGGAGUGCGAGAGCCACUGCACUGCCCGGAGAAGAGAGACUCGCAAUACAGAACACUAGGGAACAGAGCACAGUCCGGAAAGACGCCAUCCUGAAGAUGCUGGCAGGCUUGCUGGACAGUGUGGAUGUGGGGCGCGAGGCAGCAUCCCCGGACGUGGAAGAGGAGGGCAAGCUGGAGGAGGAGCGGGCGGUGCUGGGGCGUCUCGCCCAGCUAUCGCAGCGGGACCGCAAGGCCCCCUGCAAAAACUUCUUCUGGAAAACCUUCACCUCCUGCUAG